CACGAACACGCGUCCGGUGACGUGGAGUGUUGCUUUCUUCCUCCCUUGUUUUAGUGAGAGAAAGUUCUAGAGAGAGAAAAUGCAGCAGUGAAUUUGUUCGAACUUAGCUGAGUGAGCAAGUAUCUGUAGAAAGGAUUUCCCAUAUCUUCAUUGAUACAGUUUUAGGUGCUUUCCCAUGGGGAUCAGUGAAGAGGCACAAGAUUGUAAGCCUGAAAAAUCUUCUUCACCUCCACCACAGCAACAACAGACGAGUGUUCAUGUAUAUCCAGAUUGGGCAGCCAUGCAGGCAUAUUAUGGCCCUAGAAUGGCUGUGCCACCAUACUACAAUCCAGCUGUUGCAUCUGGUCACGCCCCUCCCCCUUAUAUGUGGGGUCCUCCACAGCAUAUGAUGCCACCCUAUGCUGCUUUCUAUCCACAUGGAGGUGUUUAUGCACAUCCUGCAGUUCAUCUUGCAAAUAGUCCUCUGAACAUUGAUUCACCUGCCAAGUCAUCAGGGGGUUCUGAUAGGGGCCUGAUGAAGAAAUUAAAAGGAUUUGAUGGGUUGGCAAUGUCAAUAGGCAAUCCAUCAAAUGGUGAAGGUGGAAACUCACACAGUGGGGAGACUGAAGGAACAAGUGAAGGAAGUGAUGGGAAUACAACUGAGCGAGGUAAAAAUGGUGGGAAAAGAAGCAGUGAAGGGUCGCUUAUUCUUUCUGAAGUUGAGAAGGCUGAGCCACAAAGAGCAGAUGGAGCUUCCAGUAAAAUGAUGACAGGUGUCGGGAUUCUUUCUCCCAAUCCUGUGUCCGCAUUAAAUCUCAAGAAUUUUCCGAAUACAGCUGCUGACAUCACUUCACCCAUUGUUACAUUGAUGCCUAAUGAAGCACUUUUUCAGAAUGACCGAGAACUAAAAAGGGAGAAGAGAAAGCAGUCUAACCGAGAAUCUGCUAGAAGGUCAAGAUUGAGGAAACAGGCUGAAGCUGAAGAACUUGCUGUAAAAGUUGAAGCUCUUAACAGUGAAAACUUGAGCCUUAGGUCUGAAAUUAACCGAUUAACUGAUAAUUCAGAGAAAUUGAAGCUUCAAAAUGCUGAAUUAAUGGAAAAACUGAAGGAUGUAUCGUCUCUGAGCACUGCUAACCUGAUAUCAAGAGUGGAUAACAGUUCAGGAGAAUUAUAUGAAACCAACAAAAACACAAACACAAACACAAACACGCGUCAACUUCUUGACUCAAGUCCAAGGGCUGAUGCUGUGGCGGCUGGCUAGUUACUCAAAUGUUAUAAUCCUAUGACAAACAAACAAACAAACAAACGAUGAAGUAAUGUUUUUAGUUGUUGGGUUUUGUUUUUUUUUUUUUCAAGAUUUUUGGAGUUAUUUAUCUAACAGGAUAUAGUUGGUUAGGGUGAUAUAAGAAAUGAGUCCAAGGGUUUAGGGGUUUGGUCUGAAUCUGAUUAUAUAUGGUGGUUUUAGAUUUCGAGGGGCAAAUCUGGAAUGUUUAUUUAGUUCCAGAUUUUGCCUUGAAACUGGCCACUGAUAGAGUUUAGUGUAAUUAUAGAGUAUGGUCUGUCUAUUUGUCCGUGUGAGAUUAAUAUAAAACAACUCAACUUAUGGUAUUGGUAUGUGUAAUAUGAAUUCGGGAGUUGUAGGAGUCUUAUAUCUGGGAAUAAACUUUUAUCCUUUUUGAUUCAAUGGUUUUUUUCUUGUUGGUGGG